AUAAAAAGCAGAAGAGUGAAUACAUAUAUCAGAAGAACAGAAAGGGAAAAUAACCAUCGAGUGACGAUAAGAAUAUGUAUAUUGAAAGAUGACAGCUGAUAUGAGAUUUAGUUUAUACUUCCUAACAGAAUGAUGAAAACAUCAGCCACGUUUCAGCAGUAAUUGAGAAGAAUGAGUACAUCACAAGAUGAUGGCUGAUUUUGUGUAAGUAGUAAAAUUUUUAAAUACGUAAGAAUUUCAACAAAAACAAGUUUCAAAUAGCCAGUUUUUAUUCGGAAGAAGCCGAGUCAGAUGAUAAAAGUCUCUUCAGUUACAGUUUUGAUAAACAGCGACACCUUCAACGCAUCCACAGCAACUGUAAAGUUCAGUUAACUUUACGACCGCUCAUAAUCAACUGAUCUGUUUCUUUUUUGUCAUUAAAAUUCCAACUUAGUUUCAGACCAGUGUUCACUCUACAAAGUUAGAUGUAAUUCCAUGAUUUCAAUGCACCAUUUUCACCACCGGAUAAUUGUUUCGACAGCGUCUGAGAUCCUUUUAGGGUCUGAGAAACUCAGAAGAAAAUGAUUCAGCCAUCGGACUGAAACUAUAAAUAAAAAACUGAAACUGCGGUCCGUCUAUCACAAUCGUAUCUCGACAACCAAACAUUCGAUCGGAGCUAAACUUUUACAGGUGUGUCAAAAGCUUUGGAGUUAAUGCAAAACUAAUCUCUUUCAUUGUCGUAAAGCUAUGAAAAAACAUUUUUUCUACUAAAGAAUAUUUUAAAAUUUUUAAGUAUUUUGUUUUUACAUUAUUCAGAGGUAAAGCAAUAGAUAACAAUUUAGAAAUUAUCGAGUAUAAAACUGCUACGAAUAUCAUUAUAGAUUUUAUAUAAAAAUCACUUUAUUGAUCUGUUCGACCUUUCGAUGAGAUACACUUAUCAUUUUCAGGAAUAACAAAAAAUUGAGUAACAAUCUCGCUAUAUACAUAUUACAGGUUAAUAGAACAAAAGAGAAGAAAGAUGCUAAUCGGGAAUUAUUUUCGUUCAUACAACAUAAUGAGGGCCACAAAAAUUGUCCGAAAAUGUAAUUAUUAUUUAUAUAAAAAUAUCUAUGUUAAUUUGUAUGGCAUUCAGACAGGGUUUCUGAUCUUACAAAGUGGAAUGAAUGUUUUUGCUCAUUACAGCUUGCUUAGCUAAAAUUAUCCUUUUUUCGCUCAUUUUCAAAAAAUUAUUGCAAUAAAGCUACAAACUAAUCUAAAAUUACAACUAGGUAAUUAAGUAGAUUAAACAUUUCUCUACAAAAUGAAGUAUCUCGCCUCUGAACGUUAAUUCGUUAUGGAAAUACAGCUGCUGUACCAAUAGCCUAAAAAAUCGAUCUGGCGGCUAUCUGAAAAACGUAUCUAAAAGAGUGAAGGCGAGCAGGUAAAUAUUGAACAAGUAUACCAGUUUGUAGAAAAAUUGUUUGCUCUGCAAGAUGUGAUAGCUUUUCAAGUUUGAAACUUUCUAGUUAAUCCAUAUUAAUCAAAGAAAAAUCGUGACGCCAGAAAUAAAAACGGUCAAAAGUGUGACAGCUUCACGGUUUUUCUGAUUUGUCUUUGCUUAGUAGCAACGUCAACUGAAUAUUGAUUAUUCAGCCAAUUUCAAUCCAGCUGCUUCAGUAAAUUCACCAAAUGUUAAUGUUAGCAUUCAGAGUGCGCUUGAUAAUGUUGUUUGUAAUAUAUCCAGUUAAAGGAGUACAUAAGUUACACAUUAUACGGAAUAACAAAUUUGGCGACAGUAGCAAGUGUAUCGGUUGAUGAUGCUGCCAUAAUGAGUGUAAAUAAUGCCAAUAAUCAAGAUCCAUUUUAUCCAUCAACAUCUACAGCUGAACAAGUAAGUAAUUGUUUGGGAUAUUGCCAAGCAGCUGGUAUUUAUCAUUAUCAUAUUGAAUCGGGUUGUGCUUUCUACGAAAAUUCAUCAAAAUCAGUUUCAGGAUGUUCAGGUUCUUGUAGUACGAAUAUAGCAGUAUACAGCAUAGGAAUGUAUUCGAAUUACAAAACGUUAAUAGUCAUUGGUAUAGCUAAAGAUGGGCAAGUUAUUUAUAGUCCUUAUAAUUCAGCUGGAACUCAAGUUACAAGCGGUUUUGAUGCUUGCAGUGGAAUAUUCUAUGAUUCAGUUGGUAAUUACGGAUAUUUUGCCACUCAAAUAUUUCCCUAUUUGUGGUGUUGUGUGUUUAUUUGUCAAAUUUAA